UAAACCAAACACCGUUAAUAUUUAGUUAUAUUUUUACAUGUGGUUCGUUGUGAACUUAACCCGGCGCGGGAUUUCAGUCACUCGCUUAACUUAACCUGCAUUGUGUAAAUCUAACAUUUUCACUCAAAUAUAUUCUACAUCUGCUAGAAUCAUAGGAUGUUAAACCAGUGCUGCCAUACACACACAAAUAAGCGCGAUGUUGCGAGAUUUUGACUACAAUCUUGAGGAUUUCAUUUCGUGCCUACCAUCUUGUUCGCUGGUUCCGCGCAAAGAGGAAGUGACCUCCAUCUCGCGAUAAUUUCAGCACUGCACGCGCGAGAUCGACAGGAACAAGUUCCGUCACGACGAAAACGUCCGGUGGGACCAAAACAAUAUUAAAACCGAUGAUUUUUUUUAUUAUAAAGCGCAGUUGAUGCUGUUUAGUACACUGUAGUAUAUAUUCCAGAGAUUUUACUCUUUUUAAAAGGUAUAUUUUGUGUGACUUUACAGCGUGGCACGCGUUUCUGCGGGACUGUAAUACUGAAGGGACGUGUAGUUUUUGUGGACUACAGACGCCAUGGCGGAGGCGCUGAUGCCCGCAGCGGAGCUCUCGAAGCCCGGCGCUGGAGCCAUGGAGUCUGACUUUGAGGCGGUUCCUGCACCGAAUCUGGGGGAUCUGGACAUCACCACAGACGAGUUCAUCCUGGACGAGGUGGACAUUCACAUUCAAGCGAAUCUAGAGGAUGAUCUGGUGAAGGAGGCGCUCAAGACGGGUGUGGAUCUGCGGCAGUACUCCAAACAGGUGGAGACGGAGCUGCAGCGCAUUGAACAAGCAUCAAUCAAGGACUAUAUAAAAGAGAGUCAGAAUAUUGCCUCUUUACACAACCAGAUCACCGCCUGUGACUCCAUACUGGAGCAGGAGUUUCUGGAGCAGCUUCAUGAGCUCAACAGCAAGAUCAACUAUGCUAAAGAGCUCAGCUUCAGAGAAACCCUCGCCUGCUCCGACAUACAGGACAUCGUAGAUCGCCUCAAAAUUAAAGCCGUCUCAAAGAUCCGUGAGUUCAUCCUGCAGAAGAUCUACUCCUUCAGAAAGCCCAUGACCAACUACCAGAUCCCUCAGAACACCUUACUCAAGUUCAGGUUUUUCUAUCAGUUCCUGUUAGCCAAUGAGAGGACAGUCGCUAAGGAGAUCCGGGACGAGUACGUGGACACCAUGAGCAAGAUCUACUUCAGUUACUUCAAGUCCUACAGCGGCAGACUGCUGAAAGUCCAGUAUGAAGACGUUGCAGACAAGGAUGAUCUGAUGGGGGUGGAGGACACAGCCAAGAAAGGCUUUUUCUCCAAGCCUUCUCUCAAGAGCAGGAACACAAUUUUCACUCUUGGCCAGAGGGGGGCGGUAUUGAGUCCUGCGGAGCUGGAGGGUCCCAUACUGAUCCCACACGCCGCUCAGAGAGGAGACUCCAGAUACCCAUACGAAACGCUCUUCCGCAGUCAGUACUACGCUCUGCUGGAUAACGGCUGUCGAGAGUUCCUCUUCCUCUCGGACUUCUUCAUGGUGGCCGGAAACUCUGCUCUGGAUUUGUUCAGUAGCAUUAUGGGAAAAACACUCAGCAUGUUCCUGAAGAAUCUGUCCACAUACCUGUCAGACUGUUAUGACAGUAUUGCGGUGUUUCUCUGCAUUCACAUCAUCCUGCGCUUCAGAGCCAUCACAGCCAAGAGGAACAUCCCCGCGCUCGACAAGUACUGGGAGGCUGUGCUGGAGCUGCUGUGGCCCAGAUUUGAGCUGAUUUUGGAGAUGAACAUCCAGAGCAUUCGAAACACUGAUCCUCAGAAACUGGGUGUGCUGGACACCAGACCACACUACGUGUCUCAACCCCGCUCUUACUCUGAGCUUAAGACUUCUCUCUCUUCCUCAGUACAAGUUUGUCUCAGAAAGCUCUCAGCUCUGUUAUUUAGGAAAGCUGUCAGUGGUGAGAUCAGAUGUUUUGCGACGCUGACCGCUGCUGUGAUCUGGUUUCAGGUGGAGGUGGAGAACUUCGUGCUGAAGAUGGCGGCUGAGUUUCCCUCUAGACGAGACCAGCUCAUCUUCCUCAUCAACAACUACGACAUGAUGCUCGGCGUGCUCAUGGAGCGAGCAGCGGACGACAGUAAAGAGGUGGAGGGCUUCCAGCAGCUGCUGCUGGCCAGAACACAGGAGUUUAUCGAGGAGAUUCUUUCUCCUCCGUUCGGAGGGAUGAUUGCAUUCGUGAAGGAGAGCGAGGCACUCAUGGAGAAAGGGCAACUUGACAAACUCCGAACCGAUGAAGCUCGUAUCACGCAGCUGGUGCGGGGUUUCUCAAGCUCGUGGAAGCAGUCUGUGGAGGCCCUGAGUCAAGACGUCAUGCGCUCCUUCACCAACUUCAAGAACGGAACUAGCAUCAUUCAGGGAGCGCUGACCCAGCUCAUCCAGUACUAUCAUGGUUUCCAUAAGGUCCUCUCCCAGCCGACCUUCCGCAGUCUAGCAGUGCGCUCCGAGCUCAUAAACCUCCAUCAUCUGAUGGUGGAAGUCAAGAAGCACAAGCCAAACUUCUGAAGUCGCACUUGAAUCUUGAAACUGUUUUAGCUUAUCAGGUAAAAGUUACUGAAAGAUGUUUUUUUUUGUUUUUCCUGGAAAUCAAGGUUGAUUUUCAGUAGUUGAGUAUUUUGAGCACUAAUCUUUUUAUUUGGUCAGUCUUUUGUUUUUGGUUUGCUGAUUAUGGGCUCUUUUUCCAUUAGAUGCAUUUGUAAUUUCAUCUUUAAUAUGAUUUGAUUUCUUUGAAUGUUUCAUCUGUAAAUUCAGUUGCAGCUUCUCUAAAUGUUUUUGUGUAUAAACUGGCGUCUUUUUGGUUUCUCACUCACGUCUCUGAAAGUAUGUGUGCACUGUUGCCAUAUUUAAGUUAUAACGAAGAAAAGCAUUCCAUGUCUCGAAAUAAAACAUAUAAGAUUGAACGUCUCUGAAAA